AAUAGGAGGUUAAUGUAUCAGGGACAGAAAGCAGAAGACGGAGGGCGGGAAGAAAGAAGCCAAGAUGGCGGAAGCGGAUAGCACACAUGCGGCUGUAAUCGCCAUGGCGCCCCAGGACAGCAAGUGCCCGAGGUGCAAAGUGAACUAUAAACUAACAGACCGGAAGCACCACGCCCACCACAGGCGUGAGCCAUUGCUGUUAUCGUGUGGCCAUGCAGUGUGUCAGGCGUGCAUGGGGUCUACCUCCCACACCUGUAUAGUGUGUCAGACGGUCACCAUAGUUGGGAAAAAGUUCCACAGCAGGAGACAUCUUCACAUCCUUGGUGGCCUCUACCAGAGCAGGAAUCCAGAGAAUUUAUGGAUGAACACUCACUUCUCCAAGCCUUACCAACAACCAAAGCAUGGCAGCAAAGGUCAGUGUCAGGAAUGUUGCCAGAACAAGGCCACUGUCCUGUGUACCACUUGCAUCUCACAGCUGUGUGAUGGCUGCUUCAAAAAGGUACACGUUCCUAGGAUCAUGAAGAAUCACAAGUCUAAGCCUCUGACUCAGGAUGGCCUGUGGCACGUCAUGAAGUGCCCUAGCCACCCACAGGAUCUUUGUUCCCUGCUGUGUCAGACCUGCUCUUCUGCUGACACUGAAAAGUACAUCUGCACCCGGUGUCACAUCAUCGGGUCACACCAGCAGCAUGAGGUGAUUGAGCUGGAGUACCUGAAUUCGCUAAAGGUGCCCCAGGUGGAGGCUGCUCUGAGCCAGGUGGAGGAUUUGGUGGAGGCGCUGCAGUUCCAGAAGAAUAGGUGCCGUGUGCUGAUAGAUGACCUGAACAAGGCGCAUCAAGUGGCAGCACAUGAAACACAGGGCAUAGCCAAUCAUCUGCAUGGCUUGCUGCAGCUCAGGGAAGAAGAGGCCACUACCAGGCUGCACACCAUUGCCCAAGCCCUCAACAGUGACCUGGCCAGGAAGGAGGCUGAACUGGAGAAGGAGAUUGGCGAGCACAUGGAGGUGGUGAAGGAGGCAAGGGCUGCCCUGAGGAGUGGAAAGGAGAUGUGCCACACAGGGAAGCUGCUGAAAGACUUACGUCAGCUGCUUGGAAGUGCUGAAGCUGGCAAGGAGAGUACCAACAGCAGUCAGGAAGAGACUCAGCACCAGCAGGAGAAGGAGGAGGAGGUGAAAGAGGAUGGUGAUGAUGAUGAUGAUGAGGAGGAGGAGGAGGAGGAGGAGGAGGAGGAGGAGGAGGAGGAAGAGCAGCAUAGUAGAUCAAACAGUCUUGAUGAAAUUGCUGAAAAAAUUGCUUCCACUUUUGACAUGACCUGUGUAAUGAAGAACAUAUUUGAGCAGUUCUCAUUGCCACCUGUCUCCCAGCUUGUGCACAUGAACAAAGAUUGUUCCCAGUUCUUGAGUCGCACACCAGAGGAGGCCAUAAGUGACGGCCGUCUGACCCCAGCCCACCUGCAGAUCCAUGCAAGCCCUCCAGACACCUUACCAAAUCUACAGGGAGCAAGUACUCUCCCUCAGGACACUCUGGGAAGCUCCAGUCUCCCUCAUAUUCAUGAGACUGAGCUUUCAUUGAUGUCAAAACUUCAAAGUCCUUCCACUUUACCCUUGGAACCUCAAAGGGGUCUUGCUCACUCUCCAGGUCAGGAGUGCUAUGAUGUGGUGCUUCAGCCUGAGAGGGAUGUCACCAUGAAGUCUCAAAAUGACACUGUUCCGCUUGCAGGAGGUACAAAGAAAAACUAUAAUUUUAAUACCAACAAAAUCAGCAUGCAUCUUAUGACUGACACUGUACUGGGUACACAAACCCCAGUGAUUGGCUUCAAAACAGUGAGCAAACCCACCUUCUCUCCCACAGUUGUGAGAACAGAUACUGGCCAUGAUUCAGAUAGUUCCCUAAAUAGCAACUCAGUGAAUACAUCUGACAGGGUUUAUGGAAGACUUGAGAGUUAUAUGGAAAGAUUCGUUACCCUGUGUAACUCUCUUACGCUUCAGACCAGUUCAUCUCCUCCUUCAGACACCAGUAAUGAUGAUACCCUACAACUCAAUAUCACUGACAGCUCUAGCACAAGUGACUUUGCUACUGCCUGCGCCACAGACGACAUACCACAGGAAAGAGCCACACCUGAUCUCAUUCUUGGUCGUCGUGACUGGCAAAUAAGAGGAGCAAUGCCCCAAGUUGAUACAGGAUUAAUGAAUCAGAUGGACUUGAACUUUUACAAAUCAACUCCACUACCUUCGCUACAAUCCAGGGUUGGUGCAGCACCCAGUGGAGUGUUGGACUUUAGUGUCUUGAGUCCAGUGGCAUCUUCACAGCAUUCUGCCUCCAAGAGUAACAGGACCUCCAGCCUCCUGUCCAGUGCCUCAAGCAGGAGCUCAUUUGUAUCAGUGAAGACUCCAUCAUAUUUUGUUGAAGAGGAGGUGGAGGUGACACACAUAAUCAGCCCCUCCUUCUUCUAUGUACACAUGAAAGACAACUUCCAGAAGAGGAAGACACUCUCUAAAAAGCUUCACCAGCUAGCUGUGAAGAACAAACCAAUAACAACACCACCAAUUGAGGGUAGCCUAUAUAUUGGACAGUUUAAUGAAGACAAGAAGUGGUACAGAGUGCAGGUGAAGACUGUGAUGUUGGAGGAGCAGUCAGCUCUGGUCACGUAUGUGGACUAUGGCAACAAGGAGGUGCUACCCUUUGCUAGAAUGCAUCCUUGCCCAGCCAAACACUGCUUAGAGAAACAACCAUCCCUGGCCUUAGCCUGUGGCCUUUGGGAGGUGGAGCCAGCCAAGGGCAAGGACUGGGACACAGAAGCUGUUCACCUCUUUGCUAAACUUGUUAAGGGUGUGGCCCUCCAGUUCCUCCUUAUCAGUUAUGAAACUGUCAACAACAUUACCAAAUGCCAGGUUGAUCUGAGGCGGCCAUGGAAAACUGUUGGCAUUGCCAAUGAUCUGCCAGUAUCUAUUCGGGAGAUCCUAGUCUUCUUAGAGCAUGGAGUCUACACCAACAACUCGCCUCAAGAUGUGUACAAGAAAAAGAGAGAAGAGUCCUUUAAGAGGAGAUACUUCCUGCCAGAGAUUCCCUUUUGUGAGAUGGACACAGAGGUUGUAGUCUCCAGUGUCACCUCCCCUCACAAGUUCAAUCUGCAGCUUGCAUCGUUCUCAGAGCACCUCAGUUCUCUGCUCACAGACUUGGAUAAAAGCUACAGUCACCCAGAGAUGAUGAAUAAUGUUGAGUGGAAAAUAUAUUCUCCCAAGAUUGGAAUGCCCUGUGUGGCAAAGUACAGCGGGGAUGGGAAGUGGCAGCGAGCGAGGGUGGAGGACCUGCCUGGUCAUCAGAUGGUGGAUGUGAAGUUUGUAGACUUUGGGAACAUUGAGAGACUUUGGUACAGUCAGAUUUAUAAGAUCAUGGAUGAUUUUCUAAUUCUGCCAAUCCAGGCUAUUCCAUGCAAGUUGGUGGGCAUUAACCCCAUUGGAGGAAAGUGGACUGAAAGAGACACUCAACAGAUGGCUGAGUUGUGUGGCAUUCCUAAGCUGAAGGCUGUGUUUCUGACUUGUGAUGGGGAGACUUGCAGUGUGCAUCUAGCAGUGCCCACUGAUGCAGAGGACCUGGAUGUGGUGCAGCUGCUGGUGGAAGAUGGAGUAGGAGUCCCUAUGGCAUUCUGUGAUGCACGUAGCCAUGAGUUGAGGAGGUGGAGGAUGGCCCUUGAGGAUGCUGAUAAAGGGAAGACAUCACCCCUCCCACAUCCCACCCUUACUGAUCAUGCAGGAGAGACAAGAUUGAAAGUGGCCCAUGUGAAGGUGUUGGAACCUUUUGUGUACCUGCAUGUUCUCCUGAGCCACAAGGUUCCUGACUUCAACCAGUUCCAAGAGCAGCUGGAGGAGGCAAUGGAGAGUGAGGCAUCUGGUAGCACAUUUGCAGCAAGUGUGGGUGACAAGUGUGUGGUGGUGAAGCACAACAGACAACAUGCCCGGGCAAGAGUUCUGAGUGUGACACAAGGACAAGUUGAGGUGCUUCUUCUGGACUGUGGUGGGAUAGAAGAGGCGAGUGUGACUAAUCUGUGCAGACUACCUGAGGGGAAGUUUAGCACCACAGACCCGUUUUACCAAGUAGUGAAUCUGGCUGGGGUGCUGCCCCCUGGUGGUCUCAAGGUCUGGCCUGGAGUCACCCUGGACUACUUCAGGAAUCAUUUCUCCUCCUCCAAGAAAUUCUUCAUUGUCCCAGAGGGUGAACCAACAUGGGAUGAAAAGCUACAGAUGAAAGUUCAGCUGGUGGACCUUGGCUGGAUGCAUGAAGAGAAGGGAGGACCAUUGGAACCCAACAAGAUCUCGUGGGUCUCAACAAAUAAGCAGCUAAUCAGCUGUGGUCUGGGCCUUCCUUUGAGGCUGAGUUCGCCUCUCAAGAAAGUGACCGUGGAAGAUGAUGAGGAAGUCCAUGUAAACCCUGUGUGUAGCAGUGAUUGCAGGAAAGAAGAGGAGGACUCUCUGCCAACGGAAAAGUCUGAGGAUUCAGAAAGUGAGACCAGCUUGUCGUCAGGCAUCACGGUCCCCACUACCAUUGCCUCUCCAGUCCCCAAGGGGUGGAUGCUGCCACCACCCCCUGCUGAUCUCACCUUCACUGCCAUGCCCUGCUAUGUGGAUUAUGAGGGCCAUGUCUUCCUACAACCUAAGAGUAAUGCAGCUACAGUAACUCUAGUCCAGGAGAGCCAGACUCUGCUGUUCAAUGACACCAUCCCAGGUGACCAGGAUCUGUGCUGGCAGCCUGGGGAUCCUGUGGUGGCCAGGUACCACCUUGACAAGAAGUGGUACCGUGCCACUGUGAACAAACUUGAGAAAAAUGGGAAAGUGAAGGUCACAUUUGUUGACUAUGGGAACUCAGAGUUGGUCAAGGUUCACGAGAUUCGCACUCACCUCCUGCACACCAACAUCCCCAUCCUGUGCUACAAGGCAGUGCUCAACAGUGUAGUGCCUGCUAGUGAAGAUGGUCAGUGGAAUACAAAGUUAUUGGACUUUAUUCAUCAUACCCUUGUUGACAAGGAAUGUCUGGUGACACUGGUGGAGCCACCUAAGUCAGGACAGGUGCUCCAGGUUAACUUGAAGCUGCUUGGUCUGGAUCUGGAUGUGACAUCAUUCCUGGUGGAUGAAUUAGGAGCCUGCAAGAGACUUAAUCCACCUAAAGAAGAGGAGCAAAGUUCCCAUGAUGUGAUCAUUGAGAGUGAGGAUUCAGAGGCAAGCUCCAAGUUGAGCCAACUCUUACCAACACCUCAGCUGUAUCUACCUGUGGGGGAGAUGUUCUGUGUGCAGGUGACGGCUGUUCAAGAUCCUGCACACGUGUUCCUCAUGCCACUCACCAGUCAGGAGCUGACCACCACCAUGCAUCACAAGGAAGUGGUCAGCCCAGUGCAACAACCUUAAGAAAUUUUUAAAGCACAUCAAUGAAGAUCCCAGGAAUCUGAGAGUGGUGUCUGAUCCCAAAGUUGGUGAGGUGUACCUGGCACAGUUCAUGGAGGAGAUGUGGGUGCGGGCUCUGGUGGAGGAGGUGAAUGCUGCUACUGCUUCUUUGCUCUACAUUGAUUUUGGCCACAGGGAGAAGGUUUCCAAGAAGAAUAUCUGUGAGUGUUCUGUGGAGGGGAAGAAGAUAGCCCGCUGUGCCAGGUUGGUGCGGCUGUGUGAUGUGGAGCCACCAGGGGGACCCCAGGCUGAGUGGGAGGCUGUGGCCAUGGAGGCAAUGAUUGAAUGCCUCAUGAAUCCAAAGGAGCAGUGUUUUUUGGCUGUUGUCCAGGAUGUGGUAGGAGGUCUAGCAGAAGUGGAGCUCUACAAGAUGAACACACACCCCCUCAUCCUGGCCUAUGCUAAGCCAGUUCAGAAAGGGAUAAUUACUCUUAAGGCAGAAAAACAGCCCUGAGGCUCAGUAAAUCUCAUGAAUUCGUAGUUGAUGCAACCAUUCUCCUUUUCAGUUUUUAAAUUUUGUCCUCAUUUACUCUUUUAUCAUCAUACUUUUCUUUAUUUGGUGUCAAAUCAUUUAUAAGUUUAAUAAAAUUCCGAGUUUGUUUUCUUGAAAAUAUAUGUAUUUGAAGGUUACUGAAAAUAAAUAUGUUCAGUAAUGGUGCUUGAAAAGGGCAAAUUUAUUUUGGGUGAGCACUGAGAUUACCCUUACUUUGUAACUUGCUAGCAUAUCUUUUUUAAAGAAUAUGAUUUAUAACUGGUGUGUUGUAUGCAUAAGUGAUUGUCAUGUCAACAUUUUGAAAGUGGUCCUUUUAGUGAAAUUAUUAAGUCUUGCAGGAAGUGUUUGAAUUGCUGAAUUAGCAACAUUAUUUCACUCAAGCAUAUUAUGGAUGCCGUGCACUAAUCAUGCAUGAGCUGCAGGUGCAAGCAAGGCACAGAGAUGUCUCGGGUAAAAGAAUCAUGGCCAAUUAUUAUAUUUAUUUUAUUUUUGUUUGUUAUGUAUAUUUAUAUUGAUUUGCUUAUUUAUUUAUAUUUUUAUUUCCAUUUCAUGCUUACUCAACUAAUACUUUGAAAUCACUAGAACAUCAGAGUUCGCACUAUAAAAACUGAUUUUGAAAGGAAUAUAAAUAAAAUAAUUCAAAAUC